AUGAUAAAAACAGGGACCGUCAAAAAGAAAAGUGGUGAGCCCCAAAAUCUAAAAGAAAGCAGCGUAAGUAUGGUUGAAGAAAGUUCCAGAGUUCUAAUUGUUCUACCUUACUUACUGCCCGAUGCAACUUUGCAGAGGAUUACAGGGCAAACUAUUCCGUUUUUGAGAAAAUGGCAAAGCCAGCUAGAUAUUGUGAUUAUACCUAAAUUCAAAACCUCAUUCCAGUUGGAUUCUGCACUGGGGAAGAUGUACAGUAUCACCCGAGAUGUUCUUUUGGACUACGGAAUGAUCAAUACCGGGAUUAAUAUUAUUUUCAACAAUAGCGAUUUUGCCAAAAGUGGUUUGGAAUGGAAAGUGGUGCUAUUGCCACACGACUCCACCUUCAAAACAUGGAAACUAGAGUUGAGAGACGCACAGUAUCACACUAUAGAACACUAUUCAUUACAUGAUAAAGUUAUGGAAGAAAUAAUAGGCCCUAAAGAUGCUAAUAAAUUUCACGUAACUGCAUUGGGCGGAACGUUUGACCAUAUCCAUGAUGGACACAAGAUACUGUUGAGUGUCUCCACAUUCAUUACGUCCGAAAGAUUAAUUUGUGGGAUUACAUGCGAUGAACUUUUGCAAAACAAGAAAUACAAACAGUUGAUUGAACCUUAUGAUACACGAUGCAGUCAUGUGCGUCAAUUUAUCAAGCUAUUGAAACCAGAACUCUCAAUAGAACUGGUGCCCUUAAGAGACGUGUGUGGGCCCACUGGGAAAGUUCCUGAGAUAGAGUGUUUAGUUGUGAGCAGAGAAACUGUCUGUGGGGCAGAGACUGUAAAUAAAACUAGAACUGAAAAGGGCAUGAGCCCAUUGGAAGUACAUGUUGUAAAUGUGCUUGGUGGACGGGAGGAAGACGGCUGGAGUGAGAAAUUGAGCAGUACAGAAAUCAGGCGCCUUCUGCAGUCAUCUGAUUCCUCAAGUUAA